CAAUUUCCCAAUAAAAUAUUUUUAAAAAGAAGAGGACUGUUUCAUCAGCAAUAUCAGAAGGCUUUCUUUACUUGCUGAGAGACGCUCUUGUUGACUGAGUAACACUUCUUCCUCUUGAGUAUUGCUUCCUUUUUGUUGAUACUAACAGGAUAAAUACCACUUACAGGAUGUGUGUGGUGUAGCAUGACAGAGAACUGAGGUUUCCUUUGAUGUGAUUGUAGACUCGGCAACAUUAGCAGAAGAAUGAUCAGUAGUCAGAUGCUCUGGUGUGCUGGGCUGGGCUGGCACUCCGGGAAGUGGCCACCACUCAUAUGAUUGUGGAAUAGAGACGUAGUUGAGGCAAGUACCCAGUUCAAUUGGAGAAUUGAAUGACACCUAAACAGACCCGUUCUUUGAGUUUUCUUCUGCAGAACCCAUGUUUUCACAUCUUUCCUUUGACUGUGUCCUGCUGUGGCUGCUACUACUUACAAGGUCUUUGAAAGGGUCAUACGUAGUUGAGGUGGGUCAGAAUGCUUAUCUGCCCUGCAACUAUUCUCCAGCCAACUCUCAGAACCUGGUACCUGUGUGCUGGGGCAAGGGAUCCUGUCCUCUGUUUGAAUGUCAGAGUCUGGUGCUCAGCACUGAUGGAAGGAACUUGAAGUAUCAGCAAUCCAGCAGAUAUCAGCUAAAGGGGGCUAUCCAAAGAGGAGAUGUGUCCUUGACCAUAGAGAAUGUGACUUUAUCCGACAGUGGGACCUACUGCUGCCGCAUCCAGUUCCCAGGCCCAAUGAACGAUAAAAAAUUAGACCUGAAGUUGGACAUCAAAGCAGCCACGGUCACCACCUCUGCUUGGACUCCAUGGAGAGACUUCACUACAGCCUUUCCAAGACUACUCACCACCGAGGGACACGACUCAGAGACACAGACACUGGGGAACUUCCAUGAUAAAAAUCAAACACAAAUAUCCACAAUGGCUCAUGAGUUACAAGAUGCUGGUGUGAUCACCAGCAUAAGCAUCUACAUCGGAGCAGGGAUCUCUGCUGGGAUGAUUCUGCUUCUUAUCGUUGGUGCUUUAAUUUUCAAAUGGUAUUCUCAUAGCAAAGAGGAGUUACAGAAUUCAAGCCUCAUCACUUUGGCUAACCGCCCUCCCUCAGGGUUAGCAAAUAUAGUCAAUGGGUUGCACUCAGAGGGAAACAUCUAUACCAUUGAGGAAAACAUAUACGAAAUGGAGGAUCCGUCUGAGUACUACUGCUCCGUCAGCAGUGGGCAGCCAUCCUGACAACCUCGGAGUCACCCUGCUGUGCCAUCAGACCCAACUUCAUUCUUGAGCUUGAAUUAUCUUCUUUGAAAACUAUGAAAUGUGUCAGCUGACUGAGUUUAAGUUUCUGUCACGGCUACCGAGCACUGUUUUUCCAUUUUCUGAAGACAAAUAGCUCAUGGAGGGUUGAACCAUGACCUCACUGUACUCACCC